AUGCCGGUCAUAAUCCCUCGCACACAACUCAAACGGCGGGCGUUCAGUGCUCGACGCAUUCAGUGUCCCUAUCCAGGCUGUAAACGCUGGUUCAACUCGGCACAUAGCCACUCAUUCACUCAUUCUACUCAGUCGUCAUCCGCUUGCCAUGCUUCAGUUGAAGAAAUUCAAGACGAAGGAGACACUCCGACAGCACCGCACAAAUCAAAGUCUGGGCUCAUACGCGAUUAUCAUGACCUUCUGACUGGUCAUAUUUGUGAUGAGAACAGCAAUUUUCUUGAUCCCAGCACUCCUCCACCUCCCUACAUAGCACAAAGCUCUAACAACUGGACUCUGUAUCACAACCGACUCGAGUUCGAGUGUGCCAAAUUUUUGUACACUAAAAACCAGAUGUCCGCUGGUGACAUCGACAAAAUCCUUCACUUGUGGGGGGUCACUCUCACUGUUCACAAUGACAACCCACCAUUUGCUGACCACAAGGACUUAUACAAGACUAUUGACGCCACACUGCUAGGCGACAUCACCUGGCAAAGCUUUUCUCUCCAGUAUAAUGGCGACAAACCUGCUGGACAGUGUCCACUAUGGAUGGAACAGUCCCACGAAGUAUGGUUUCGGGACCCCCACACUGUCAUCAAGAACAUGCUUGCAAACCUGGACUUCAAGAAUUCAAUUGAUUAUGUGCCGUACUGGGAGUUUGAGGAGAAGAGUGAGCAAUGUUGUUACAAGGAUUUCAUGUCAGGAGACUGGGCCUGGCAGCAAGCGGACCAAAUUGCGCAGGAUCUGGAAACACAUGGCGCAGCCUUUGUCCCCAUCAUUGUUGGUAGCGACAAGACGACUGUUUCUGUUGCUACCGGCCAAAACGACGACUACCCACUGUAUCUCUCAAUUGGAAACGUUCACAACAACAUUUGGUGUUCUCAUCGCAACGCGUUGGCCCUGAUCGGGUUUUUGGCAAUUCCAAAGAAUACCUGCAAAUUCAAGAAGCAAUUAUUCCACUCCUCACUGUCGAAGAUCUUCGCCACCCUCAAACCUGGAAUGAUGACACCUGAAGUCACACGUUGCGGCGAUGGACACUACUGGCACAUUUUAUAUGGACUUGGUCCCUACAUCGCCAACUACAAAGAGCAGGUCGUAUUAGCUUGUAUAGUCAAAGAUUGGUGUGGAAGAUGCCUUGCAUUUCCCUCAACUCUCGAUGAUGGAGGAGUUUCUCGGUCGCGUAAACACACUGAUGUGCUCGUGGACUCGAUUGAUUUUGGUGUCCUUUGGGAUGAGUACGGUAUCAUUGGAGACCCUUUACAAAUGACUUUCCUUGCACCGACAUCCAUGAGCUCCUUGCUGCCCAAUAUUCUGCAUCAACUCAUCAAAGGAACAUUCAAGGAUCACCUCGUUGAAUGGGUGUGUCAGUACCUGGAACUCAAACAUGGGAAAACUGGGGCUAAGGCGAUCUUAGACGACAUUGACCGAAGAAUUGCUGCUGCUCCAUCCUUCCCUGGUUUACAACGCUUUCUGCAAGGGCGCGGAUUCUCUCAAUGGACCGGAGAUGACUCCAAGGCAUUGAUGAAGGUUUACAUACCAGCAAUUGAAGGCCACGUGCCCGACGAUAUGGUUCGAGCUUUUCAAUCCUUGUUGGAGUUCUGCUACAUUGGAUGCACAAAUGUGGUUACAGAUGAGACUCUUGCACAGCUGAGGGACGCCCUUAGGCGCUUUCAUAGGUAUCGCACCAUCUUUGAGACUAGCAGUGUCCGCUUUGACGUCUCCCUACCCCGCCAACACUCUCUCACCCAAUAUGAGCUCCUCAUCUGCAUGUUUGGUGCUCCAAACGGUCUCUGCUCGUCGAUUGCAGAAUCCAAACACAUCAAAGUGGUAAAGGAACCAUGGCACCAUUUAAAUAGGUAUAAUGCACUCCAUCAAAUGCUCUUAACCAAUCAACGCCUGGAUAAAAUUGCUGCAUCAAGAGUUGAUUUUGCUGUGUGUGGUAUGCUCAAAGGCUCUUGCGCCUUUAUUGAAAAUCAGUCUGCUAUCAGCAAUGGGGACUCCGAGGUCCAACAGAACAAUGUGCACGAAGAAAAUAACCCUUUUGCCAGUGAGAGUGACAACUUCAACGAUGUUGAGGAUCAGGGUAUUGUAGAUGAUGUCAAUCAUGCACUUUUUGUGUGUAUCAAACCUUUCAUUGGUGUUUUCUCAUUGACACAAUAUUCAGAACGAAAACACACGUGCACUGUCAGUGGCCUUGCGCAUGAACUCAAGGUGCCAUCACUCCCAACCCUCAUCCAUCUCUUCCUUUAUGAUCAAAUACAUGCCGAUGAUCACCAUUCUUCUGCAGAUGUUCUGCUUUGUGAUUGUCCAUCCUAUAUGGGAGCUAUCAAGGUCUUUAAUUCGGCUGCUGCGACUUUCAUUGCACCCAGUGAUCCAAGUGGAAUCACUGGCAUGCGCCGUGAGCAUAUCCGUGCUGUACCUUCAUGGCACAAUGGACCAGGCCACUUUGACUGUGCCUUCGUCAACACAGACGACAGGCAGGACGGAAUACUAAGCAUGGAUGUCAUUCAAAUUUUUUGUUUUUUUUCUUUCACUUUCACUAAUAGUUGCAUCUAUUCAUGCGCACUCGUUCAGUGGUUCUAUCGGAUUACUGAAGAACGAGACAAAGUUACAGGAAUGUACAUGGUUGUGCCAUCUUUUGAUGAGGAUGGCUCUCCCAACAUGUCAAUAAUCCAUAUUGAUAGUAUUGUUUGCGGUGCUCACUUGCUUCUGAUAUUCGGUACUCAGUUUGUUCCAUGGGGCCUUCAAUUCCACCAUUCUCUUGAUGUUUUUCGAGGAUUUUACAUAAAUCGGUUCAUUGAUCACCAUUCAUUCGAGCUCGCAUCUUGA